AUGACCUUCCCCCCGCAGAUCCCCCAGGCACAGCUCUUUCUCCAAGUUCCAGCACUCAGCAUCAUGUGGAACGACGAGGAUAACAACCCCUAUGGGGCCUUUGAUCAGCAUCAGUCGCAUCUUUCUGACUCUCUCCACUCCGCUGCGUUGUCUCCACCUCUCUAUGCACAGGAUUCCACUCCUCCAUCAAGCCGCGACUCUAACCAAGAUCCACCUGAAUAUAUCACUAAUCCGGAAGAUCUCAGCGAUCCUGAGGAUGAGGUUGAAUACGGAGCCGCGAGCCAACAAUACCCCCGGAAGAGUGUCUACGACAGCCGGAUUGAGCAGAUUCUCUAUGAAAAUCCGGAGAUGCCAAUUCUGAUUACCGACGCGGGAAAGAACCAUGAGAGCGGUGGGGGGUUUAUUGUUUACACUAUCCGGACUGCGGACCUGGAAGUGCGCCGCCGAUACUCCGAGUUUGCAUCUUUACGACAAACCCUCGUUAAUUUGCAUCCCACUCUUGUUGUUCCGCCUAUCCCUGAGAAGCAUAGCAUGGCGGACUAUGCGGCCAAGCCCACCAAGGCCAAGGAAGACACAGCCAUUAUCGACCUUCGGAAGCGCAUGUUGAGUGUCUUCCUCAACCGAUGCAGACGAAUGAAAGAAAUCCGGGAAGAUGGGGUGUGGUGGAGGUUCCUCGACCCGAACGUCAGCUGGAGUGAGGUCUUAGGUUCGCACCCCGCAUCAUCAGUUCCGAAAAAUAAUCUCAAAGCGCCGCCUCUUGAUCCUGCCAACCCGACACCGGCCCAUGGAUGGUUGCCAGUCCCAUCUUCAUCCGCAAAGCUCAAGCCCAGCGGCGGGGUUGUGACAUCGACCGGAGGUCCAGCAUCGCCUUCUUCAGCCGAACCAGAGGGUCCUCCGCCCUCAUUCCCAGGGCCCGAAGUUCUUGGGCGUUUCCCUCCCGAGUCGCGGAAGCUUAGCGAACCGGAGUUGGAUCCAUACUUUAUCAAUUUCGAAGCAUCUACGCGCGAGCUGGAACUUCUGCUGCAGGGAAAUAUAGAAAAAGUCAAUCGUCGCACUCUUUCCCAUUUGUCCUCCCUUUCAGCCGACCUUAUGGAAUUAGGAGCUCGUUACAACGGAUUUUCGCUCUCCGAGCAGUCGCCAACGGUGGCUGCUGCCAUUGAGAGGAUCGGACAAGCUGCUGAUACUUCAUAUAUUGAAACCGAAGAAUUGUCAUCGGCUUUAAGUGCAAACUUCGCGGAACCCAUGCGAGAGAGCGCACAGUUCGCAAGUGUAGUUCGCGGUGUUUUGCGAUACCGCGUGCUCAAGCGGGUGCAACAAGAGAUGACACGAGAUGAGUUGGCCAAGAAGAAGACUCUUCUUGAUUCACUGGAGCGCAGUGAGCUAGAGGCCAAGCGCAUUGAGCAAUAUCUCAACCGCACUACGCACCAGACCGGUGGUACCAAGCCCCGUUCUCUGUCGACCUCAUCCGCAGUCAGCAGCGAGACUGGUCAUGAGUCUUCCGCCGACUCUCAAUUUCCCCCUACGCAUGACGACUCUUAUGGCCACCCACCUGCAUCUCAGAGCGGAGGAGCCAAGUCGCCGUCAGCAUCUCCUGCACACCGCAAGACUUCAAGUGGGAACUUUGUGACCAACAAAAUAUUCGGUCGCAUUAGUCAUGCUAUUCACGGGUUUGCUGAUGUGGACCCGGAACGAACACGUCGAGACCAGAUCGGAAAGACGAAAGAAAGUCUUAUUCAGUUGGAGCAAGCAUUGGAGGUUUCCGAAAAGGACGUCCAGGACGCCAGCGCCGGCGUUCUCCAAGACCUCAAACGCUUCCAGAAGGAUAAAGAAGCUGAUCUGCGGCGGUACAUGGUUGCAUAUGGCCGUUGCCACUUGGACUGGGCGCGGAAGAAUCUAGAGACCUGGACUGAGGCCCGAGACGAGGUGGACAAGAUUGUGGCUCGGUAA